AUGAGUGACGAAAGAACACCAUCCUGGAUGGACGAUAAGAACGACGAAAGCCACAGUCUCAUGUUUGAUGAUGAAGAGAGUGGCAAGGAGAGUAGUCCCUCAAAAGAUAGCGCCUAUGGAGCCACCACUCAAGAUAAUAAUACCGAUGAUGGAGAAGGGAAGAGUGUCAUUUCUCACAUUACCACGGAGGACACGGCUACUGCUCGCACGGCUGGUGGUACCCUCGAAGGGCCUCGGAAGAAUAUCGUGCUUUAUGUAUUUCAUUGGAUUGAAGCCUUUGCCAUAUGCUGUUGCGUCGCACUGAUGAUAACCCAAGUAUUCCCGCUGUUCUUUAUUCCCUUGGACAAGAUCAAUCCCGGUGCGAUUGUCUUGAAGAUUUACAUUUCCAUCUUUUGCGGGGUCUUUAUUCUGGUGGAAUACGACGCGGCGGUGCCAUUCUUGAAAGAUUCCCAGAUUCUGCAAAACUACUUGUCGCGAGGAUUUGUGUACUCCUUUCUCGGUGUGUCGGCCUUGGAAGAAGCCUAUAGUGAACGUGUACAAGACACUGUGGGGCACCAAAAGGACGAAUUCCACGUUGCCUGGCUUGGCGUCUUUAUGCAAGUCACGGCUUGGCUCAUGUUUGGAGUAGGACUCCUGUACAUGGUCUUGGGUGUUUGCUGCAUGAAGAGACUACGAGACAAGUUGCAACGAGAUGACAGACAAAAGUGGAAAGACUUUCGAGAGGCCAAGAAACUUUUGAGACAACAAGGACUAUGA